AUGACUGCCAAAAUCCCAAGAAACUUUCGCCUCCUGGAGGAGCUGGAAAAGGGCGAGAAGGGCCUUGGUGCAGAGGCCUGCUCAUACGGUCUCGCUGAUGGUGAGGACAUGAUGAUGAGCAACUGGAAUGGCACUAUUCUCGGACCUCCCCAUAGCGUGCACGAGAACCGCAUAUACAGCGUGAACAUCCACUGCGGACCCGAGUACCCCGAUAUUCCUCCCACCGUUCAAUUCGUCUCCCGGGUCAACCUUCCCUGUGUUGACCCAAGCUCCGGCAAGGUCGACCCCACAAAGUUCCCAACCCUGGCAACCUGGAAGCGCGACUACACCAUGGAGACUGUUUUGAUCGAAUUGAGAAGGAACAUGGCCUUGCCUCAGCACAAGAAGCUGCCCCAGCCCGAGGAGGGCUCAUCGUUCUAA